AUCCGUUCAGUUGGUGUUCCUGAUUCACUUGUUGUUUUUCAACGUAAUCGGUCAACUUUAAGAUCUUAAAAAUGGUCGCCAAUGGAUUGGCCUGUUUAAUUGUGGCAGUUGGAAAUGUUGAGUAACUUGAUGACCAUUAUUUUGAGAAUUGUGUCCAGUUUGAUGGUUUUCCUCCUGAAUCGGAGUUUAUUGUUGAUGUGGAUAAAAUGUUCCCGGUGAAAUUUUACCUCUAAAUUGUUCAACUUGUUCUCGAUUAACAAAACAUUGAUGGUUAUUCUCUGAUGCACUGACAGUCUUUUUCUCGAUCUCAGAAAUCUCAAAAUUAAGAUAUUUGAACAAUUCAAUGUUCUCUAAGUAGCUAAGGAAAUUGUUCACAGCCUCUGGUCAUCGCCUCGCAAAUUUCCUUUCAUGGGCCAUCAUCAUCUUACCGAUUAUCAUGUUAAAAUCCUAACUUGAUACCAUUUCAACAUUCCUGACAUAGUCAAGAAGGUAAUUGUUACCGAAAACAAAAAAUAUUCUGAAAAAAUGGCCAAUCAAUCAGAGAAACGGAUUUUCCUCUUGAUGUUGGUUCUUCAUACAUCUUUGUAUUUCUUGAUUCUGUAAUUACAUAGUCGAGUAAUUAAACCGAGAAGAUAGAUUGAGAGGACAACAUACAAGUAUCAUUAAAUUGAUUGAAAUCAAUAUUCUGGCUGGAGAUUGAUUAGUUGGAAUCUAUUUAGAUUUAAUCGUGAUUAUUUUUGAAAUUUGAUAAAUUAAGUGAUCUAAUUUGGAAUGGAAAAUCUUUCAACUGUGUUAACUUGACUCAAAAUUAGUGAAAAAUUAACCUAAGGAUUAUCAAUAUCAAUCGAUUUGAUUGAUAUUCAAUUAACAACUGAACAUACAAUUUGAUUCCUGUUAAAAUAUAUAAACUGAGUGAAGAAAAAUAAUCUGACCCUUUCAAUCAGACUUAACAAGAAUCAAUGGUCAGUGGUCAUUUCCAGGUGAUGUCCAUUGACGAUAAUCAUCAUUAUUAUCACAGAGACUUUAAUCUCUGUUUUUAUUACAAUCUAUCAAUUGCCAAGAACAGUUGACUUUUAAUCCUUGGACAACAUUGGAUAAUCAAUUGAUUAUAAACACAACACACAUAAACAAGAUCAACAACUAAAAACUCCCAAGAGGAUUAAAUGGUCAAGAUGACAGUUUAAUGAGAGAAAAAUAAAUCCCACUGACCAAUGAGAAAAAAAUGACCAAUGGAGAAAAAAAAAUCGAUUCCAAAGCUUAAAUUACCUUUUCAAUUGCAUGGACACACAAACAAACAAUUAACCUAAAGAACAACCUAACAUGAGAGACAAUUAAUCUAAUUUCUCAUCAUCUGUGCAUGAUCAUGAUAAACUAAUUGUGAACUGGAUUAAAUCACCUGAUCACAAUUUACUUGUUGAUCGAGUUUGAAAGUUUCUGUUGAUUGACAAACAAAAGUUCAUCAUUUGCCUUUUUGUUUGUUGUUUUCCAUAGUUGAUUCAUCGUCAUCUUCAUCUUCAUCUUCAUCUCUCAUCAUCUUCAUCAAUCAUCAUGUAGAACAGGAUGAAAGAAAGUGAAUUAGGAAGAUAAUUUUUUCACUCUUUCGUCUAUUUAUCAAUCUAUUUCUGGAAACAUCGAGUUCAUCAUUUACACCAAGGUUACUAUGGUAAUCUAAUGGUUUACGACCAAAUUGAUGAAAAAAUUGACUCCAAAUUGACCACUUGAUUAUUAACAAUUUCCACUAUUCAAAUCAAUCAAUCAACUCUAAUCAUCUAAUCAUCUUGUGUCCAGUCAAUGUUACAGUUUUUCCUCCAUGUUAUUCAAUUGUAAUUCAUGUUAACUAUUGAAUGCUGAUCAUUUUUGCUUCUUCGUCAAAACCAAAACUAACAAUUUGACUUGGAUUUUUUUUCUAAUUAAUUUGAUUCUCUAUUGUGAUAAAUAAUUAGUUCACUUAUUCAAUGUCCAGUUUUCUUGAUUGUUGUCGCCAUCGACAUCAUGGUUCCCUUUUCAAUCGUUUUGUCCAAUUUAUGUUUCGACCUGUUGAUGGACAUAGUUUAGCUGUUUUUCGGAUUCUUUUUGGUCUUCUGAUGGUCAUCGAUUUACAGGUCGAACGGGCUUUUCACAAGGCUGAUGAGCGAUGGUCACAUUCGGAUGAGUGUCGCUUUCCGUUAAUUGAUUGGAUUAAACCUCUACCAGGACCUUACAUGAACUUAUUGUAUCUCUUAAUGACUUUCGGUUCAAUUGGAAUAACGAUCGGCUACAAAUUCAAAGUAUCGACAACAAUUUACGCUCUAAUCUAUUGGUACAUCUUUCUAUUGGAUAAAAGCUACUGGAAUAAUCAUUCGUAUCUAUUUGGCCUAAUCACAAUUAUCUUAGUCUUUUCUGAUUCUCAUAAAAUUUGGUCAGUUGAUUGUCGUGAUUCCGACGCCGAUAAUUACGGCAAGGAUAAAGUCCCUUUCUGGCAAUACUUUAUAAUCCGAUAUCAGAUCAGUUUGGUCUAUUUCAUGGCCGCAGUGAAAAAGGCCAAUCUUGAAUGGAUCGGCGGAUAUUCAAUGAGAUAUUUAUCAAGUCAUUGGGUUUUCUCACCUUUCAGGUUGAUCCUUUCACCGGACUUGGUUGAUUUAAUUGUCAUCCAUUGGGGUGGUUUUCUAAUUGAUUCAUCAGUCGGUUUCUUAUUACUCUUUAAAUUAACUCGACCAUUAGGAUAUCUAUUCACUGGACUAUUCAAUUCAAUGAAUUCGCAGAUAUUUUCAAUCGGAAUGUUUCCCUAUGUGAUGUUGUGUGUCCUUCCGAUUUACAGUUCACCCGAUUGGCCGAAAUCUUUGAUUCGAUUGUUUAAUCAUCAAACUGAUUCACCAAUUGAAGUUGAUUGUUUGGAAGAUGAAGAUGCGAAAAAGAAACAAGCAAAGGGAGAAGCAAAUGAGAAGCUAGAAGAUGAAGAUAAGGUUAAAAAGAAUGAAAGAGAAGGCGGGAAAAGAAGAGGAAAGAACGAAGUGAGAAAAGGAACCACACCCACGGAGAAUAAGAUGUUCUCAUUGAGGCCAAUUGGGUUGCAAUCAUCUUCCAAAGAAGAGAUUAAGGUCACUAAUCGACAAAGAUUAACUUGUUCCUUGCUGUUAAUCUACAUGAGUCUCCAAGUGGGUUUACCCUUUUCUCAUGAUCUGACCCAAGGUUACAACACAUGGACUCAGGGGGUUUAUGGUUAUUCGUGGGACAUGAUGGUCCACAAUUGGAGGUUAUUGGGCAAACGGGUGUUGAUUGUGGACAAACGAUCGGGACGCGAGGUUUAUCUCAACGUGGAAAAGUAUUCGCCCAAUAGGUGGACUCAUCAUGCUGAUAUGGCGAAACAAUUUGCUGAAUGUUUGGGUCAUCGGAUCAAAAAGAUGACCAAUCUGACGGAUUUUGAGAUUCGCAUGGACGUUUGGAUGUCGUUGAACAAACGGUUCGCUCAACGGGUUUUCGAUCCAACUGUUGAUCUACUUGCAGCCGAAUGGUCACCAUUCAAAAAACCCCCUUGGGUACUUCCGAUGUUGACUCAGUUCACCGAUUGGAGAUCAAUUCUCAAGGAAUAUGAAGAAAAUAUUUUGAAUUCUAAUCAAUCACUUUACGUUGUUUUCAUGGCUGAUUUUCCAGGUUUUGAUUUUGUUAAUUUUAUCGAUCCACAAUUUGGUAAUACAACAUUCAAGGUUCUAAGUGGUUGGGUCAAGUUACAAGUCAAAGGGUCAAUUGUCCGGUUGAUGACCAAAGGUGACGAAAGUCAUUUGCCUUCGGGUGAAUUUCAUUCGGUGAUUCCGAUCAAAUCAGAACCCGCUUCUUACAUGUACACGUUUACUAAUAAAACUGCUGCUGAAUCGAUGUGGCAAUCGAGUGGAGAUAAAGAAGAUAAAUCAGACAAAAAGGAUUAUUGGAUAAUCCGAUAUUGUGGAAAAUGGAUUAGGAGUUUCCAGAUAGUAAUUGAAUCAUUCACGAUAAUUGGAGGUCAGUUAAUGAACGCGUUCGGAAUUGGAACUGAGAUUUUUCGAAAAACGAAUCAAUAGAAUUGAUUGAUUCUGAAGACACAAAUAAACAGAAAUCCUUUUUUUUUGUUUUCAA